UGGAAUCAUCUUCUAGCAUGUUAUUCAAAGUUGCCAGAGUUUCAUACCUACAAAGUUGCUAAUGCCCAGAAAAUGUUAUUCAAAGCUCUGCUUCUCUUCCUUCUCUUCCGAUUUUGCGAAUCCAGGGACACCAUAACAUGGAACCAAGAACAACUGAAGGAUGAUGGUGGAGUUUUAGUGUCCAAACAGAGCAAGUUCGAAUUGGGUUUCUUCAGCCCCGGAAAUUCUAGCUACCGGUUUGUUGGAGUCUGGUAUUCUCAGACUAGAGUACCUAAUAAAACAGUGGUGUGGGUUGCAAACAGGAACAAUCCCAUCAAUGAUACCUCUGGUGUACUCAAAAUAAACGGGUAUGGAGAACUAGUCCUUUAUGCUUAUAACAUGGAAAGCACUCCUAUUUGGUCUACUAACGUGUCGAGGUCGGUUCAAAAUGUUAACACAAGCACUUUAUCUGCACAGCUUUUAGAUACAGGAAAUCUAGUUGUGUUCCAGGAUGAUAGUAAUGAAAACUUUUUAUGGCAAAGUUUUGAUCAUCCCACAGAUACUUUAAUUCCAGGUAUGAAAGUUGGGGUGAAUUGGAAAACUGGGCAAGAAUGGGUUUUAACAUCUUGGAAGUCACAAGAUGACCCUGCAAUUGGGGACUAUACCUUAAGGCUCUAUCCAAAUCAGAUUGCAUCCCCCGAAAUUUUUAUGUACAAGGGUUUGAGUAAGUAUUGGCGAAGUCCAGGCCCAACGCCUAGUGUGGUCACUAAUCAAGAGGAAACUUAUUAUCCCAUGGCUGACACCAGUGCAAUUACAAGAGCAAUAGUGACUGAUUCUGUGCACAAGCGCCUUACAUGGGAUGACGGUGGCCUUCAAUGGAAGGAAGAAUUUUCUGCACCGAAGUCGCGGUGUGACUGGUAUGGACAGUGUGGUGCCAACAGCAAAUGUUUCCCUGACAAUGUUGGGCUGUUUGAGUGCGACUGUUUACCAGGGUAUGAGCCUAGUUCUAUAAAUGAUUGGAAUCAGAAAAAUGGGUCGGGUGGAUGUGUGAGUAAGCGAGUUGGUGCAUCAAAGUGCGGGAAUGGAGAUGGGUUUGUUAAUGUGGCAAGAGUUAGUUGUCCAGACGCAUCGAUAGCAUCACGGUUGAGAACAGGUAUGAGUGCCAAAGAGUGUGAGCAGGACUGCUUAAGAAAUUGUUCUUGCACCGCAUAUAUGACCAUUGACAAUGAAGGACUUGUGGAUUGCUUGACAUGGUACGAUGACUUGAUGGACAUUUUAGAGUUCACAGAGUUUGGACACGAUUAUCGUGUUCGUGUGGAUCACAUCGAAUUAGCUGAGAAUGCUAGAAAAUCAAAAGGUUUCUUGGAAAGAAGGGGUAUGCUGGCUAUUCCAAUACUCUGUGCUCUGCUAGCAUUGGUACUAAUCAUUAUGUGCGCCUGCUCGUGGCACAAGAAAAAGAGGAAUACAGCGGAAUUUGUGGAGGCGGAUGAACUGGAGGAAACCAAGAGACACCCCGAAUUGCAAUUUUUUGAUUUGAACACACUAAUGUCAGCCACAGAUAACUUCUCUCAUGUCAAUGAACUUGGCCAAGGUGGUUUUGGCUCUGUUUAUAAGGGUCAGUUACCAAAUGAGCAAAAGGUAGCUGUAAAAAGGUUGUCUAAAACAUCAGGACAAGGGACUGAAGAAUUCAAAAAUGAAGUUGCACUUAUAGCAGGACUUCAACACCGCAAUCUUGUAAAGCUCUUAGGCUGCUGUAUAAAGGGGGAAGAACGGAUGUUAGUCCUGGAAUACAUGCCGAACAAAAGCUUGGACUCAUUUCUCUUUGAUCACAGAAGGCGGUCCUUCUUGGAUUGGGAAAAGCGUUUUGAAAUUAUUAAUGGGAUUGCUCGUGGAAUUCUGUAUCUUCACCAAGACUCAAGAUUGAGGAUCAUCCAUAGAGAUCUAAAAACCAGCAAUGUUCUUCUAGAUUCUGAAAUGAACCCAAAAAUUUCCGACUUUGGCAUGGCAAGAAUAUUUGAUGGUGACCAAGUUCAGAAUAAAACGAACCGAGUUGUUGGAACAUAUGGCUAUAUGUCACCAGAGUAUGCAGUGUUUGGCAGAUUUUCUACUAAAUCAGAUGUCUUUAGUUUUGGGAUCAUAUUGUUAGAGGUUGUAUCUGGCAAAAGAAACAAUGGUUUUUCUCAAGAGGAUCCUUCCAUGAACUUGAUAAGACAUGUUUGGGAACUCUGGAGAGAAGACAGAGCCUUAGAAAUUGUGGAUUCGACUCUGGAGUCAUAUAAUUCUGAUGAGGUCAUGAGAUGCAUUCAAGUUGCACUCUUGUGCGUGCAAGAAGAAUCAGAGGACCGGCCAGCCAUGUCUGCCAUUGUUUUCAUGUUGAGUGGUGAAACACCUCCUCCAAUAUCUCCCAACCAACCUGCAUAUGUCUUCAGAAGAAACUCCAGCACUGAUGCGGAACCAUCAGUACCAAAACGAUUAUAUUCUAUAAACGACUUGACAAUGACUGCAAUGGAAGCUCGAUAAUGAUAGAAGCUGUUGCUGUUUGUAAUUAUCACAUGUAACUCUUUUUGUUUUAGUUCGUUAUUAAAUUUACUGGUCUCUGCUAGGCAUGACACGAUUAAGUUUAUCAUCAUGUACUGUCACAUUCAUUAGCCUUCAAUUGUCACAUUAGCAUUGCAGUAGUAGACAAUCAUUAGCUGUUUCA